CUACAAUUUUGCAUCCAUCAAAGAAGAUUGAAAGAAACAGAACACCGAGGGCGACAGCUAUGGCCGGAAGAGGAGAUUUACUGGUAUUUCUGGCCUUAGCUGCUGUGUCUUCCUCGCUCCUUUUGCCGAAAGCUCAUUGCAAUUCGGAGGGUGACGCUCUACACUCACUUCGCCGGAGCUUGACCGACCCGGACAACGUGCUGCAGAGCUGGGAUCCCAACCUUGUCAAUCCCUGCACCUGGUUCCACAUCACCUGCAACCAGGACAACCGCGUCACUCGCCUGGAUCUUGGCAACUCGAAUUUGUCUGGUCAUCUUGUGCCUGAGCUCGGGAAACUUGAAUAUCUCCAAUAUCUGGAACUGUACAGAAAUAACAUCCAAGGGGCUAUUCCUGACGAGCUGGGUAAUUUGAAGAGUUUAAUAAGUUUGGAUCUAUAUAACAAUAAUAUCUCAGGGAAUAUCCCUCCAUCCCUGGGAAAUCUGAAAUCCCUUGUCUUUCUACGUCUUAAUGAUAAUCAACUACAUGGCCCAAUCCCAAGGACACUUGCUGGUAUACAUACCUUGAAAGUUGUAGAUGUCUCCAAUAACAAUUUGUGUGGCACAAUACCUUCCAAUGGUCCAUUUGAGCACAUCCCUUUAAACAACUUUGAGAACAAUCCUCGACUUGAAGGUCCAGAGCUGCAGGGACUUGCAAGUUACGACACAAACUGCUCUUAAUCAACUGGUACGAGAUACAGAAGUUUGCAAUAACAUAUCGUUGUCCUAAGUGGUGCCUUUUCCUUCUUAAAUGUUUUAGUUGGAGUGUGUUUUGUAAGAUGCCUAGUCUUGUAAGCUUGUUUAUAUUUUCCAUUGUAGGUGAAUAUCUGUAAUUGGAAUUUAUUAUGGUAUUUGAAUCUCUUUCAGUCCA